UGUUAUAAUAAGUGAUGUUAAAAGCUUUAAAACAGGAGUAACAAGACAAUCAUGUACAAGUAUGAGACCAGAACACAAAAGACCAAAUACUAACUGGGAAUAUGCUCCACAAUUUACGCGGGAUCCUCCAUUUGAAAUAAAAGUAAAUACAACAACAGUUAAACCAGGAGAACUUGUCGAAGUUGUUUUAACAUCCAAAGGAAAAUAUGACUUUUUCAAAGGCUAUUUCAUGCAAGUUUUUGAGGACAAAAGUUUCUUUAGUAAAAUUAUACCAUUACCGCAGGGAUCUUGGAUACCUCUAGGAAGGUCAAGGACAUUACAAUGCCACAUUUAUGAGGAUAGUAUCAGCCAUACAGAGGCAUCAUAUAAGAGAAAUGUAACAAUGCUAUGGAGGGCACCGAUGGCAGCAACUCAUCCGUUUAAAGUAAAAGCUACAGUUGUACGUAACUAUACUCAUUAUUGGGAAGAUAUUUGGUCUCCAACAAUUUAUCCUACUGAAAUAAUUACCAUAGUAACACCACCAGUAAACCCAAAUCCUGCACCAACAACUCAGAACAACGAAAACGAGAAAAAGGACCUACUUGAAUCCUUAGCAAAGGAAGUUGGAGCCGACAGUGCAAAAGAACUAUUAGAAAUCUUGAAGCAAAAAGUAGAUGAAAAAAAUAAUCCAGCGCCUUCGCCUUCAUCAACAGCCUCCCCAACUAAAACAGCCGACCAAAAAAUUGACGAAUUGAAAGACAAACAUCCAGACACAGCAAAAAAAAUUGAAACGGCUGCAAAAAAUCCUAGUAUUUUGGAUAAAGUCAAAAACUUAUUUGGGGGUAAGAAGGAAGGGGAGUCAAAAGGUGGUGGAUUUUUAUCGAGUAUGCUAGGAGGCGGAAGUGGAAUGAUGAGCAUGCUCCCAAUGUUACUGCCUAUGUUGACUGGAGGCAAAGGAGGAGGAGGAGGAGGAAUGGGAGGAAUGUUGUCUUCCUUAAUGGGUGGAGGAGGAGGAUCAUCGAAUCCUAUGAUGUCUAUGAUGUCGAGUAUGAUGGGAGGUGGCGGGGGAGGCGGAGGUGGGGCAGGAGGAUUGAUGUCCCUCCUUGGAGGCGGAGCACCAAAGAAAUCAAGUAAUCCUCUGGCAGCAUUGAUGGGUGGUGGAGGAGGUGGUGGUAAUCCCCUGGCAGCUAUGAUGGGAGGAGGAGGAGGAUCCAAUCCACUUGCAAGUUUGAUCGGAGGUGGGGGUGGAGGAGGAGGUUCAAAUCCAUUGGCAGCAUUGAUGGGAGGUGGAGGAAGUGGUGGACAAGGACAAGGAGGUGGGGGUAACCCACUAAAUGAUCUAAUGUCAAAUCCUGCUAUCUCGUCAAUGUUGAAAAGUAUGACCGGUGGAGGUCCAAGGCCACCACCAACAGGUGGCGCUGGUGGACAAAACCUAGCUUCACUUCUUGGGGUUGACCCUAAUGCCGGUGCACCGAGAGCUGAACUGGCAGAAAAUACUUCUGGAACGAAAGCAAGACCUAUAAAUAACAAUGCUUUCCCUCAAAUGAUUGGAAACACACAGGGACGGAAUACCAUGGGAGGAUCAACAAAUGGAAUGGGCGGAUUUCAGGGAAUGCAGGGAAGACCGCCUGGAAAUGCAAUGAAUGGUCAGUUUUCAGGAAGAAACAGCCAAACGGGAGGAUUCAAUCCACAACAGGGAAUGUUCGGAAGGCAACAAAAUAUGGGACAGAAUCAGUUUAAUCGACCUCAGACAUCAGGUCAAAUGAAUGGCAUGACGGGAUCGUUUGGACGUCCACAAAAAAGUCAGAACGGAUUUCAGAACCAAAAUAACAUGAACGGUCAAUUUAAUCAAGGUAUGAAUUCUGGCCAGACAGGUCAAAAUGGAUUCCAACAGACACAAUCUCAGCAAAACCAACAGUCUACAGUGGUUGAUAUGAAUAAAAUUCAGAGUAUGAUGAACGGUCCAAACGGAAAUGUAAUUAAGAAUGCAAUGCAAGAAAUGUUGGCAGGUAGAAAAACAGCAGCACAAGUUAUGAGCUUGGUAAAUUCUCAUCCAAAUAGUGGAUCGCAUGCCAAUGGACAGACUGGAAUCAGUAAUGGAAUGGGUAAUCCAGCUGGAAACAAUGGAUUUAAUAAUGGAAUGUCGAAUUCCAAAGGACAAGGGGGGUUCAAUAAUGGAUUGACUAAUACAGCUGGAAACAAUGGAUUUAAUAAUGGAAUGUCGAACUCAAACGGACAAGGGGGGUUCAAUAAUGGAAUGAGUAAUCCAGCUGGAAACAAUGGAUUAAAUAAUGGAAUGUCGAACCAAAAUGGACAAGGAGGGUUCAAUAAUGGAAUGAGUAAUUCAGCUGGAAACAAUGGAUUUAAUAAUGGAAUGUCGAACACAAAUGGACAAGGGGGGUUCAAUAAUGGAAUGAGUAAUCCAGGUGGAAACAAUGGAUUUAAUAAUGGAAUGUCAAACUCGCAAGGUGGAUUAACAAAUGGAAUGGCAAGUUCUGGUGGACAAAACGGAUUUAAUAGUGGAAUGACAAAUUCUGGAGGACAAAACAGAUUUGAUAAUGGAAUGACUAAUCAAGCUGGACAAGGGGGAUUUAAUAGUGCUAUGGGAAAUAAUGCUGGACAAGUCGGGAUUAACACUGGAAUGGGAAAUAAUGGAGGGCAAGGUGGAUUCAGUAAUGGAAUGUCAAAUAUCGCUGGUCAGAAUGGAAAUCAAAACAAUCAACAAUCUCUAAAUCAGGGCGGAAAUAGCUUCGGAAUAUCACAUGACGGUCAUCAACUGCCAACCAACGCAAACACAAAUCACAAUGGUGUCGUACAUACUGGUCAAGGUCCAAACCAAAAUAUUAAUCCUCCACCAGAUAAUACACCUAACACGGGAAGUAGUAGUUUUAUGGGCAUGCCAGAUUUCAGUAAAAUGGUAGGUGGUCAGUCAUCAAAAUCCUCCAAUUCCAUGUCAUCGUUUGAUAUGGCAAGUUUCAUGGGGGGUGGGGGGAAGGGUGGCACUGGUGGACAGCCGGAUUUAAACAGUUUAAUUGAUGGUUUAAAAGAAGAUCCAGGAUCACCAGACAUUUCAAAAUUAUUGGAAAAUGUUGACAUGGAUAAAAUGGGAGGGAUGCUAGGUAUGCCAGGUAUGAGUGCUGCUGACUUGAAGGGGUCUUUAGGAGGAAUAUUGAAUGGACCACAAGGCUCUAGCAUUCUAAGCGCAGCAACUGCAAUGAUGUCAGGGGGCAAAGUCGACGAUGGCAAUCCACUAGCCAGCCUUCUAAACGGUCCAAAUGGAGACAAGAUUAAAAGCAUGGCAGGCGAUUUAAUGAGCGGAAAAGGAGGAGGAUUAGCCUCACUUAUGGGUGGCGGCGGCGGAGGUGGAUUAGGAGGAAUAAUGUCAAUGCUUGGAUAAACCGUCUUUGUAUAAAUUGUGGAAGAAUGGGGCAUGACAAAUUCUUAAAGCUGAAAUUUUCAAAUUGACGAAAUAUAAAACUUACUUAUAUAAGUGUAUGGUUUAACAUACAUUGUAAAUUAACUUAAUUGGGGUUUUUUCCAAAACUUUUUGAAAAAAAAUCCUCUUUCGAGGAGCUUAACAAUUUCAGUAGUUGUAAAUUAUUUGUGUAUAUUUAUACUCUUAAAUUUUACAUAAUAUGCAGUUUAAGCGCAAACGAUUGUAUUAAUAUAAUGUAAUGUGUUGUGCUGGACACGACUAGAAAGAGUACGUGACAUUCAUGUGUGCAUCAGGAGUUGAAAUCAAUAAAGAGGGCCAUAAAUUUAUGUCGAAUAAAAUAAAAUAUCUGUAUGUUUGUAUGCAUUGCUGGUCAAUAUAUUACAAAUAAGAACAAAUGGUUUUUCUUCUUCAGUUUUUAGUAAACGAAUGGGAAAAUGAAAUUUAGAUACAUUGUUAUUAGUGAUAAAUUAUACUGCUAUUUCUGAU